AUGUCGUUGAAAACCAAGCAAGCGAGUUAUAUAUCCAAGGUUGAGCUCUUUCGUCUGCCCCCACGCUGGCUCUUCGUCCGUAUUGAAACCACCGAUGGGCAUGUGGGGUGGGGAGAAGCGACUCUUGAAGGGCACACGGAAGCGGUAGAAGGUGCUCUUAAUGAUCUCCAAGAGCGAUUUAUGGGCUGGGACGCAGAUGGAAUCGAGGACAUCUGGCAGCACGCAUAUCGGGCUCGAUUCUAUCGCGGUGGCCCUGUUCUCAUGUCCGCGCUGUCCGGUCUGGAUAUUGCAUUGUGGGACAUCAAAGGCAAGAAGCUCGGCGUGCCUAUCUGGCAGUUACUCGGUGGCAAAGUGCGCGAUCGUGUCAAAGUCUAUGGGUGGAUCGGCGGGGAUAAGCCGAGCGAUGUGUAUGAGGGAGCGAAGGCUCGCAGAGAGCAGGGCUUCACUGCUGUAAAGAUGAAUGGGACAGAGUCCAUCGCAUGGAUUGAUUCUCCCACUAUACUUACAGAUACGGUCGAGCGCGUUAAGAGCGUGCGCAGCCUGGGCAUGGACGUGGGUGUGGACUUCCAUGGUCGCCUGCACAAGGGAAUGGCCAGGCAACUCGCGAAAUUACUAGAACCGUACCAGCCGAUGUUCAUAGAAGAGCCGCUCCUUCCAACCCAGCCAGAGGAAAUUGCAGAUCUUGCACAGCAAAUCUCAACGCCCAUUGCCCUUGGUGAACGACUUUACACUCGCAUGGACUUUCGUCCCUAUCUGGAGCGCCGUGCUAUCGACAUCGCACAACCCGAUGUUUCACACUGUGGAGGCAUCAGCGAGUUAAGGCGUAUCGCGUCGCUGACGGAAGCAUACGACGUUGCACUGGCUCCACACUGUCCUAUAGGGCCUAUUGCAUUAGCCGCCUGCAUUCAGGUCGCUCUUCACGCGCCCAACUUCAUUAUUCAGGAGAUGAGCUGGCAGAUACACUACAAUCAAGGCGCAGACCUCUUCACUUAUCUAUCUGACUCGUCUGUGUUCGCCGUUAAAGACGGACAUGUUGAGGCCUUGCAGGGCCCCGGAUUAGGAAUUGAAAUUAACGAGGUUCUUGUGCGAGAGACAUCGGAAAAAUGCAAGAAUGAGAAGGCUUGGAGGAAUCAAGUCUGGAGGGGCCCAGAUGGAACCCAACGGGAGUGGUAG